AUGAGCGGCACAAGUGAGGUCCAGCGGCGGCGGCUGGAUGAAGAUUCCAAAAAGCUUUUGGAGACAGAAGCAACGAACUUAGCCUCCUACUACAGUCAGCUGGCGGAGGACAAGACGGUGAAUCCCAAGCUUCGGGAAGCAGCGGUCCUUUAUUCCGUCGCUGAGGAGCUGAGAACGGCUCUUCUGAAACUUGAAGAGCAUUUGCAGGAGGAAGAGGUGGAAGAGGCCUUGUUGAAAGGUGGUCAAGCCUUGGACCUUUUCCGAGAGGCCAACAGCAAGCCAGGGCAACAGGAUGCCGUCCGCCUCCUAUGUGGAGCCGAGCGCUUGAAGCAGGCUCCUGAUUUUUCCAUUGACAAGAUCCAGACUGAGUUGAGGAGCUUCAGAGAGAGUGACGACAAGCGUGGGCAAGGCUGCAUGUUGUUGGCCCUUGCAGAGGCCCAGCUGGCAAAAGCCUUGGCAGGGGAAGCCAUCAGCAACAUUGAGGAAGCCUUGCCCCUGUUGAGGGCUUCCGGAGACAAGAGGCUUGAGGCCUUUGGCAAUGUGCUGGCUUGCCGAGCGCAGCUUAGGCGCUGUCAAGCCAAGGAUGCGGUUCUUUCUGCCGAGUCAGCGGUGGCCUUGUACAAAGAAGCCGGAGAUAGGAUUGGUGAAGGAAAGUCCUACAAUUGGCUGGCCUUAGCACAGAUGGAUGCAGGUCGUUCGGGAGAUGCGCUGAGCGCCGCACACUCGGCGCUGGAAAUUGCAGAGGACCUCGAGAGUCCAAAGCUCCAAGCCAGUGCUUUGCAGCUCUUGGCCAAGGUUCACGUCUUCAAGGAGAAGACACGUCCUGCCGUGCAAUAUGCCGAGCGAUCUCUGGCGGUCUGCCGAAAGAUGGAGCAAGCCAAGAGCGAAGGUUCAGCACUUCGCUUGCUGGUGAACUCCUUGGUCCAACGAGGUGACCUAAAGCGAGCCUUGAAGGAGGCAGAGGGAGCUUUGGAGGACUAUGAUGCCAGUGGCAACAAGAGGGCAGAGGCAGCUGCACAUGGCGCGCUAGCACAUGUCCGGCAGGCCAGAAAUGAAUUGGAACUGGCAGCCAGUGAGCAAAACCAGGAGAUUGAUAUUUUGAGAGAAUUUGGUGACAAACAUGGUCUGCUCGAUGGCUUGCUCGUUCUGUCAUCCAUUUAUGCCGCUUUGAAGAAGGCCGGACAGGCAAAAGAGAAGGCUGAGGAGGCCAAGCAACUGGCUGACGACAUCCAAGACAAGAAGGCUGAGGUGCUUGCCACCAUCGCCUUGGCAAAUGCGCAAAUUGUGGAACAAAAACAUGAGGACGCAGCCAACACAGCUCAAGAAGCACUUCGAGCGGCUCAGGAGACAGAGGACAGGCGUUUGGAAGCAAACGCGCUGGCCGCGAUCAGCAAGGUCUCCAGUGCCAAGGGCGAGCACGCGACAGCCGUGAGCAAGCUUUCGGAGGCAAAAUCCCUUCUGCUUGAGGCUGGGGACAGACGAGAUGCCGCGGCCACUUUGCUGACUUUAGCAGAUGCGCAUUUGAAGAACCAAGCGGCAGAGGAGGCUGUUGCCAGUGCUGAGGAGGCCAGAGACUUGUGCAAAGAGCUUGACUUCAAGAAGGGCUUAGCAGAUGCUUUGCAGAAGUUGGCUGCCGCACACCUGGCCAAAGGUGAUGAGCAGGAGGCCAUAAAGCAAGCACUAAUUGCCAAGAAGUAUUGCAAGACCAUUGAAGAUGUCCGUGGAGAGACUCUCUUGUUGCAUUUCUUGGCUUCCUCAAGCCUCCAGCGAGGAGACAAGAGUGGGCAAACAGCUAAGCAGUAUGAGUCCAAGAAGCAAGGUGAAAGCCGAGCGGGCAUUGAGGCCAAUCGAGUACACCGGAAUUCGGCUCAUGAGGCAGUGAAACGGGCCCGGUCAGCUGUGGAAAUGGCCAAGAGGAACCACGAUCCCUAUGCAGAAGCCUCCGCUAUGGCUCAUGUGGCCCAUGGUUUGGCAAUUUUGAAUCGUGGUCAAGAAGCUCUUGGGACCUGCAAAAGGGCCGAAGAUCUCUUCCGUGAAUGUGGGGCGGUGAGCGACCAAGCCACGGUGGUGUGCCUGUCGGCGGAGGUCGCCAAUUUGAUGGGCAACAAACAGAAGGCUUUGGAGAUCGCGAAUCGGGCCCUGGAGCUAGCACGGCGUGCUGAGGAUGGCCAGGUGGAAGGUCGGGUCCUGGGAGUGAUGGAGCUCAUCAAAGGAGUUCAAAAGCAAGUCCAACAAGAGAUCCCAGACCAAAUGUUUGCGCAGGAUGUCCCUGGAGCACCUGCAGCUGCCUCGGCAGCUGCUGUGCCAAAGGGCUUGGAUCCAGAAAUGGUGCAGCAAAAGCUCAUGGCCGUGGUGGAGCAGGUCUCAGGUGGUGGGGAGGAAGUGCACUUGGAUACUCCUCUCAUGGAAUCGGGACUGGACAGUCUCUCAGCUGUGGCUUUCCGAAAUGAGCUCUCCAGAUCGUUUGAAGGGGUUGGCAACCUGCCAGCUGCAUUGAUGUUCGACUAUCCGAGCGCACGUGCCAUCGCAGAGCAUUUGGUUGACAGAAGCAAAGGCAUCGCAGAGACCCCAGAGAGUAGAAAGCAUCUUCAGAUCUCUUCGGGUAGGCUCACAUCCACACCGGGACAGAACAAGCAGCAGGCGCUCAGCUUGUUGCCCCCGGGGCGGCUGGAAGAGGUGACGAAUGCGGCGUUGGCCUCGAUCGACGGGAUCCGGAGUUCCAUGGAGCACUUCCAGGGACGGCCGGGGCAGGAGACGUGGUCGAAGAAUUUGGAAGAGUCGAACGAGGUGGACGAACGGCCCGAGGAUCCCGACGCCUUGGAGGAUUUGCAGUUCAGGUUGGCCUGUUACCGCUACAGUCGGCGUAUUGAGCCACCUCCACUACCUUUGGCCAUGGAUCCGUCGUUUGGCCCAGCGCCUCCACGGCCCGAUCCUCCGGUGCCCAUCGUCAUGUCCUCCACGCAGCUCCGGAGCUUCCAGCCACAGCGGCGUCGCGUCCGGCUGGCGGAGCAGGCGGAGCACAGGAGACUGCGGAAUGAAGCUGCCAAAGUGAAGCGGCAGAUUGCAGAGCAGGACUGCAGUACCAGGGGCAGCCAUCAACUAGUGAUUCCAAGCAAUGCCUCAAGGGAUCCUGAACAGAUCCUAACAGCAACGCAUGGAAACUAA